AUGAACGUGUCUGGCGGCCCCCCGGGGGACGAGCUCACGGAUGAGGAGAAGGAGAUCAUCAACAGCGUGCUGGCUCGUGCGGCCAUGAUGGAGGCCAUGGAGCAUGAGAGGAUUGAGCGUCUGUCCAGUCGGCUGGAUAACAUCAAGAAGACGGCGUGCGGUGACGGACAGUCUCACUGUCUGCUGUGUGGAGCUUCUUUUGGGCCGCAGGGGGUCACAGCUGUCCUCUGUGUGCACUGUAAUAAAAACAUGUGCAGCAAAUGUGGGAUUUGGAGCAACAGCAGGACGAGUCCGAUGUGGCUGUGCAGAAUCUGCAACGAGCAGCAAGAGGUACAGAAGCGUUCAGGCGCCUGGUUCUUCAAGGGGAGAGUGGAGCGGGCUAGCAGUCUGCCGGCCCCCCUCCCUCUGUCCAGACCUCGACAGUCCAGCACCGAGGACAGUUCUGGUCCCGGAGGAUACAACGGAUCACCGGAGCCCACCAUACAGCAACAAGGAAAUGAGUCGCCCCGUGGAUCAGACCAAUGGGAGCAGACAGCAGGAACAACAGCUGACAGCUAUAAUGAGAGUCAGUCCUGUCCAGCAGCUGUAAUGAAGAGCGAGCGACAUGUGUUAGCCUCCAAACCUCCUCGAGCAAACGCACAGCAGGCCGCCCCCUCCCCGGCUCCUCCUGCAGAUGUGGAGAAGACGGCGUCCCCUCCAGCUGUGGAGGAGAAGAGGCAACCUGUUGUCUGCAGCUCCUUCUCAUCAAAUGUUCCUGCAACCAGAAAUACUCCACCUGUCAACAGCCCCGCCCCCCCGCGACCCCCGCCCGACCGGACGGAGGAGGAGGACAACGACUAUGACUCGGAUGACGCCACCACUCUGGGAUCUCUGGAGUUCAGUCUGCUGUACGAGCAGGAGAACCACGCGCUGCACUGCUACAUCGUUAAAGCUAAGGGUCUGAAGCCGAUGGACUCUAAUGGACUGGCCGACCCGUACGUGAAGCUGCACCUCCUCCCUGGAGCCAGUAAGUCUAACAAACUUCGCACAAAGACACUUAAAACCACUCUGAAUCCUGUGUGGAACGAGACUCUGGUCUACCACGGCAUCACCGAUGAUGAAAUGACACGUAAAACUCUCCGGCUGUCGGUGAGUGACGAGGACAAGUUCGGACACAACGAAUUCAUCGGAGAGACGCGAAUCGCUCUGAAGAAAGUCAAGUUUAACCAGAAGAAGAACUUCAAUGUUUGUUUGGAGCGAGCAGUCCCGGUGAAGAAAGCUGUGGGAGGUCCGGCCCGUGGCAUGGCUCUCUACGAGGAUGAUAUGAACGAGGGCGAGGACUCAGAGGAGCGAGGUCGUAUCCUGGUGUCUCUGACCUACAGCAGUCAGCUGGGUCGUCUGAUCGUGGGCGUGGUCCGCUGUGCUCACCUGGCGGCCAUGGACUCCAACGGAUACUCCGACCCCUUCGUCAAAAUAUGUCUGAAGCCUGAUAUGGGGAAAAAAGCUAAAAACAAGACACAGAUCAAAAAGAAGACGCUCAAUCCAGAGUUUAACGAGGAGUUCAGUUAUGAAAUAAAACACGGCGAGCUCGCCAAGAAAACCCUCGACAUCUCAGUCUGGGACUACGACAUGGGAAAAUCCAACGAUUUCAUUGGAGGAUGUCAGCUGGGCAUCCAGGCUAAAGGAGAGUGUCUGAAGCACUGGUACGAAUGCCUCAAGAACAAAGACAAGAAGAUCGAGCGCUGGCACGUUCUGCUUAAUGAAAACACGGCUCAGUUCGAGGAUUAAACCUACUUCCCUCUCUUCUGUGUAUUUAUUUAUCUCUCCCUCCCUCCUGUAGAAUAUUGUCUUCCAGUGAGUACGGGUAGACACAUAUUAUCCUCUUGCUUUAUUGUAGUUUGUCCCUAAAAGUUGCAGCGUGCAGGCUUCAGUCCAACACUUUUCAGAUGACCAACAUGGAUGUCGACCUCGGGGCUCUUUUUAAUAACAAGCGACUCUUUCACUGCUCUCAUACAUACAUAAACUAUCAUGAGUGAAGCUUGCCUGACAUGUGGUAAUGAUUGAACAGAGAUAUUAUCAUAUUUUAUGUUGAAGAUAAUACCUUGUUAUCAUCGUCAUUAACACAGUGUGUUGUAAUGACCCGACUCGGGGGAAUUCCCACGUCUCUGUCUCUGACCUGUUCUGCUCCCGUCAUAUCUGUAAUGUGAUAUCAUCGACACGUUGUUCCAGUGCUGCAACACCAAAACAUUUAUUUAUUUAUUUUAGUGUUAUUGUGCAUCAUGCGUAUGUUUAAUAUUAAAUGGGACACUUUGCAGACGUUUGGUUGCAAAAAUGCGAACAAAGUCUUUUUAUUUAUUUAUGUGAAAUGCUGAUGUUUCGAUCACGUCAGUUAAAUCUGGUCCCCUAAAAGUUUUGUUCCUAUGCAAUGAAACUGCUUUGUUACAGAUUCUUAGAAAUCCACAAAACCAGCCUGAAAAUAAAGAUGUGUUUGAAGGCUAAUUAUGUUAGAUGGAAAUGUAUUUUCUCCUGGAUUACUCCGGGUUUGGUCUUGACAAAUUCCAAAAACGUUUGUGAUCAAAGUCCUCAGAUGUCUGUGUGGCUGAUGGACGGUUUUAAACAAACACGGAAUGUUAAGCCAGGAAACCAAUGUUUGGGUGCCAUUUGAAACCAAAAAUCAAUGUUAAGUUACAACCAUAAUUCCAAAAACUCUUUGGAAUUGUACGUUUAUAACAAACAUUCUUAUUUUAACCCAAACAAUAACCUUUUACUAAACAUAACUAAGUAGUUUUGUUGCUUAAACCUAACCAAACUGCAGCCAAGAAACAUUUUACUGGUAAUAAAAUCAUUUUAAUGCAAUAUAGGGUAACGCUUUAUAUUAAGGUCCUUGUA